UAUAAGACUGCCCAGAUAUCCACAGGAACAAACUUCAUCUAAAGGAUUCUCAACAUAUUUGUUCUGGUUAUUCUUCAGCCAAAGCGUUCUACUAGUAAAACGCCACCUGUGGAAAGAUGUCACCAAGAGUAGCAAUUGCGGGGGCUAGUGGCAAUCUUGGCCCGGCUGUGCUCACAGCUCUGCUCAAGGCGAGCUUUGAGGUGACCGUCCUGACUAGGGCUGGAAGUGAUGACAACAGCAAUUUCGGCCAGGCACGCGUGGUAGCAGUCGACUAUAGCUCCUUGGAGUCCUUGACCUCAGCGCUGGAUGGUCAAGAAGUGGUCAUCAGCACCCUCGGAGCUAUUCCUCGAGACAUACAUCUCAGGUUGGUGGACGCCGCUGUCGCUGCCCAGGUACAGCGCUUCAUUCCCUCGGAGUUCGGCUCCGACACAACCAAUGAAAAUGCGGCCAAGCUACCUGUCUACCAAGACAAGAUUGCUGUUCAAAAAUACCUCCAGGAGAAGUCCAGGGAGUCCGGUGGGAAAUUCUCCUAUACUAUCCAGAUCAAUGGUCCCUUCCUCGACUGGGGUCUUAUGGUCAAGUUCUUGCUGAACUGGGAGGGACCAGAAGCUGAGCUAUAUGAUGGGGGUGAUAGAAAAUUCAGUACCACUACGCUUUCAGGAGUGGCCAAAGGAGUUUGCGGCAUAAUCAACAAUCUUGAGGCCACUAAGAACCGCACAGUGUAUAUACGUGAAGCUGAUGUCUCUCAGAAUCAGCUGCUGAAAAUCUCGGGCAAACAACUCGCUACAAAGUCUAUUAGCACGGUAGAGUUGGAGAAGCAUGGUUUUGCCGAACUCAGCAAGCCAAACCCCGACCCAGCAGUAUUUGUUUUCAACUUUCUCCGGCGAGCUAUUUUCGGUGAAGGGUUCGGCAGCCUGUUCCCUGUUGAGAGUCUUAGCAACGAUUUGCUGGGUGUGGAACAUCUGAGAGAGGAGGAACUCGAAGACAUUGUGACUAAGUGCACGAACUAAGUUGUAUCCUUUCAUGCUUGCUAGAGUGAACAGUCCAUAUCUCAUGUUAUUCCUACUUCUCUAAUC